AUGGCCAUCGAUUCGCGUCGAUGGUUCUAUAAUGAAUUAUCAGGGCUUGCAGCUGAGAAAUUAUUAAUCGAAAAAGGCGAACCAGGAAGCUUUCUUAUUCGUCAAAGCCACAAUAGUCCUGGAAACUUUACCCUAUCUGUUCGCAGAAAAGAUUCCUUUGCCCAUAUUCGCAUUCAGAAUACUGGUGAUUUCUUAAGCUUUUUCGGUGGUGAUAAAUUUGCCACACUACCAGAACUUGUUAAUUACUAUCGAGAACACCCGGAUCAAUUAAAGGAGAAAAAUGGAACUAUUAUUGAACUUCGUUACCCUCUGACUGUUGGUGACUAUAUAACAGAAAAUGCUAGAUGGUUUCAUGGUCGACAAACAGCAAGUGAAGCACAAAAUCUCCUUCUUCAGAAAGGCAAGAAUGGAAGCUUCUUAGUUCGUGAAUCUAUUCGUCAGCCAGGUUCUUAUGUUUUAUCAGUAGUUACGGGUGGAAAUACCGUUUCCCAUAUUCUUGUUAAUCGACUUCCGAAUUCAAAAUUCGACUUGGGAGAUGGACAGGCGUUUUCUACUCUUAGCCAACUUAUUGACCAUUAUUCGGCCUUUCCUAUUAUGGUUAAGGAUGGGGAUUUGAUAUGCCUAAAGCAGCCCUUUAAUGUGACGCGACUGAACGUCUCCUGCUUGGACCAGCGUGUCGCUCAGUUAGAGAAGGAAGGUGUUCGUGGAAAACGAGUGACAGGUUUCUGGGAGGAAUUUGAAGAACUCCAUGACGAACCAAUAACAGCUGGUAUUUCUCGUAUUGAGGGUAGUCGUGCUUGUAACGCCGCGAAAAAUCGAUACAAGAACAUCCUCCCCUUCGAUGCUACUCGUGUUAUACUGCGUGAUGGGGACCCUAAUAUUCCCGGAUCGGAUUAUAUCAACGCCAACUACAUUUCAAAUCCCGUAUUCCUUCGAGAAGGUUUGCAGAACCCUACAGAAGAAGAAAGGAAACCUCAACCCUUGACAACAUCUGGCAAAGAGGAAGAGGGAGAAACCGCCAACCCAUCGCCCAGUUCCAUUAAUCGACGAAGUCGAAUAUUCUUUUCCUCGCAACCGCAGUACAUCGCAGCUCAGGGUGUUCUGCCUGGAACAGUAGUGGAUAUGUGGAGAAUGAUCUGGCAGGAGCGAGUAUCCAUUGUCGUUAUGCUUACGAAGGAAAGGGAACGGGGCAGAAACAAGUGUGAAAAGUAUUGGCCGACUGAAUUAGAGGGCCCUCUAGUGCUCUCCGUACCCUUAGGUACUCUCAAGGUCACCCCAGUCUCCGAGCGUAAUCUCACUUCGCGCAUUAUUCGUGAGAUGAAGGUCAGUCUUCAUCGACGGAGUACCCUUGAGGAGGUUGACAAAGAAGCAGAAGGGACGUCUUUAAAACCUGAAGACGACGACUCCUUCACUGUCUACUUGUUGCAAUUUCUUGCCUGGCCAGAUCAUGGAACACCCAGUGAACCGUCGGAAUUUCUUGAUCUCCUCUUCGACAUAUCUUCUUUCCAGGAAAGCAUGGAGACGACAGGCCCUGUGGUCAUCCAUUGCAGUUCAGGAAUCGGACGAACAGGUACCUUGAUCGUGGUAGACAUGAUUAUCGGUUCUAUUUGUGAAGGCGGUCUCCACACUGACAUUGAUAUCGCUCGAACUGUCCAGGCAGUUCGAGAACAACGGUCUGGAAUGGUGCAAACUGAAGCCCAGUAUCGAUUCAUCUACAAAGCCGUGCAGGAGUUUGUCUCAAGUCUGCUUCUACGCGUUAAAGAAAGAAAUGCUCUAAAACCUUACGGAAUUGACUAUACUAACUUGAAACAAACACCCAAAAGUGAAGACUGUCUUUGCUGUAAUGGUGCCGCCAGCUUUCCGAAUACAGCCAGUUUAUCUUCUUCUCUGCCUAACUCCAGUCGGGGUUUCUGGAGUAAUCGGAGUAUAAAUUGUCUUCAUAAGCCCACUCCUCCACCUUUACCCCCUUUGAGCAGUCCAGGAGAUGCUUCGCAGUCGCCAACAGUCCCUUUCUCUUCAUGUGGGUCUUCUUCGGGAUCUAGACGUUGGUACAAGCUUUCUUCGGCUUCUCGGUGA